GAACUGGUUAAGGACCGCACUGUUUACCUUCCCCUGCAGACAGAUGUAGCAGAGUGUUGCCCGGUUCUGGCGCUCCAAAUGUAUUCUCACGGUUCAGAGAGUUUAAUUAAACAGGCAAGGGAGAUACAAGAUUCUGAGCUGCAGAAGUUUUACAGCAGAUUGGUGAAGCUGCUCCAAGGGAAGGAGUUUGUUCACGAGACGAUCGACUCCCUGCAGAGGCUGCACCUCAUCCUCUCUGCCACCAAGUACACCAGGACGCUGCCUGCAGAGCUACAGAAGAGGCUUUUAUGUCUCCUCUCAUCACCAGCUGAGCAGCUUCAGGUGCUGGGCUCAGCUGUGCUAAGAGAGACACUGCCCCUCUCUGGUCAUGAACUGAGCUACAGCCAGGAGAACAUCAGUCAGCUCAACAGCCAUACUGCUGCCCUGCUGCUCUCACAGGCUGGAUCCAGGGCUGAUCUGUCAUCUCUAUGCGCUCAGCUCCUUCGCUGUCUGGACAGUCGUCAGUCAGAAGCACUGGCUCAUUCGCUCACACACACGCUGCCAAUCCUCAACACCAUCCUCACACACAGCCCCGAGUGCCUCACUGAAGAUCACCUGACCCUCCUGAGUAAAAAGCUUGUCGAUUGGCUUCGUUAUGCGAGUAUCACGCAGGGAGGCGGGGGUUCCUCAGGGGGAUUCUUCACAGGAUCCAGGUCGCGUCAGCCGGUUCCUAUAGCAGAGCUGGAUGGGACAGUGUCUGGGGAUUUCUUCACUGUGUUGUGUGUGGGCCAAAGCUUCACCGAGGACCAGUGGAUGAAUGUUUACUCCUUUUCCAUGCUGCGCCAUUGGCUUCUCACCUACCACUCUGUUUCCAGUGGUAACAUCACAGCUGAUACUGCAAGCAGACUACAGCUCUCCCUCUCCCUCUCCCACUCCCACUCAUUUUCUAAUGAUGACCGGUCGGAGGUGGAGGGAUCAGUGGUUUCUAUGGUUUCAGCAACUUCCUCUUCCAGCCGAUUGCUGCCUCCAAAGGAGCGUCUGAGGGAGAAGGCUUUCCAGUAGUACCCUCGCCCUCAUCGACAGCAGAUGAUCGUGAAGGCACAAAAAAGGACAGAUACAGAGCUGCAGAAAGCGUGUUUGGUGGAGGCUGUGUCUAUCCUGGACUGUGUGUGUGUAGAGGACACCUCACUCGUCUACAGAACAUUCCCGUGCAUUAAGGCGCUCUUUGGUCGGCUCAGCUCAGACCUGACAUUUGCCAGAGUCCUGCUCCCCAUAGCACAAUUCUACCUCAACCAUGGUGAGAUGGCAGCAGUGGACUGUGAGUGUAUGUGGAAGCUGGUGUUUGGCCGGUUCCCUGCCGAGCUGUUCAACGACCCCUUCCUGGCACAUGAACUUCUAUGCUUCCUACGACUGAACCUCGAGAGCCUGCAGCUCAGAGUUCCACAGCAUACCCGCUCCUUCCCAAACCUGCUGAAGUUUUUAGCGUGGGACAGCCCAGCGGUGGUGGAUGAAUUUGUGGAUCUGCUGCCCUCUCUGGUGACCGCUGAAACUGCAGUGGAGCUGCUCCACACACUGCUGGACCUCCCCUGUCUCUCUGCCACACUGGUCUUGCAGCUCAGGUCAACGUGCUCGCCCAUCUCUGAGCCAGGCGGGCGAGGUCUCCUGUCACUGGACGCAUUUCGAAGCCCCUCUUUCAGAGGGCUUUUCCUCUACCUGCUGCGAGCGGAAGCAGGAUCAGGUGACACAAUUGACAGACUGAGCACGCUCCAUGAGCUGCUAGCUGAGGCGGCUGAUUGGCCAAGAGUUGUUCAGUGUGCCCAGACUGUACCUGUGCUGUUGCACGUUUUUUUCAACACAGUCGUUACGGUGGUUAAUGAGAAGCUUUUAGCCCAUUUGAUUCUGGUGAUGCUAGAGAGAAGCAGUCUCCUCCUCAACCUCCCUACAUACAUAAGAGAGAUACACAGAGUUUUCAGCUGCCACCUGCUGAGGCUGUGUAAGCUCCACCCCUCUCUGGUAGUAGACCAGUCUCAUGAGCUGCUGGAGUUCGCUGGAACCACAGCCAACGUCUACAGCAAAGAAGAAAUCUACACACACGUGGUGUGGGUGCUGGGAGAGUACCUCUCUGUGUCAUGUGACUCUCGCUGCUCUGUGAGGCUCAUCACUUCCUGUUUCGAGGCGAUUGAGGCGGUGCUGUUUGAAAUAACUUCAUCUGCCCCGCCACCUGGAGCGGCCUGCCCUGCCCCUAGAGUCGUCACCACUCUAAUGAGUGCUCUUGCUAAACUGGCGUCACGGUCACAUGACCUCAUCCCCAGGGUGUCUCUGUUCCUCUCCAAGCUAAGAACGGUAACCAGAGGGGGGUUAGUGGCCUGGUGCUCAGACGAGGAGGACCUUGUUGCGAUAGUAACGCGAGGAGAGGAGUUGUGGUCACUGCUGAAGACCCCUGGUGUGGCUCAGAGUGUCCUGACCCCACUUCCUCAUGUCACCACACCGCAGUGGCACAGAGACACCAACGUGUGCAUGCCACUGCAACUGCGAAUCCUCACCAGCCUCACACACUCACAGUGACACACACACACACACACACACACAUGCACACCACGCAUCAUCAUCAUCUUGUAUUGGCACUUGGAGAUGCAUCAGUGUAAAAAGUAAAAAAAAAAAAAA